AUGCAAUACAAGAAAACUUUAGCUACAGCUGCCCUAUCGACUGCUGUAAUGGCCGCCUAUGUACCAAAAGAUCCAUGGUCUACUUUAACUCCAUCUGCUACUUACAAAAAUGGUUUAACUGAUUACGCUUCUACUUUCGGUAUUGCCGUUCAACCAAUUGCCACUGCUUCCGUUGCUAAGAGAGAUGCUGUUUCUCAAAUAGCAGAUGGUCAAGUUCAGGCUACCACCAAAGCUGCCGUUUCACAAAUCGGUGAUGGUCAAAUCCAAGCUGCCACCAAGACUACAAAGGCUGCCGUUUCUCAAAUAAACGAUGGUCAAAUCCAAGCCGCUACUAAGGCCGCUGUCUCACAAAUUGGUGAUGGUCAAAUCCAAGCCGCUACGAAGACUACCAAGGCUGCCGUUUCUCAAAUAAACGAUGGUCAAAUCCAAGCCGCUACUAAGGCCGCCGUUUCUCAAAUUGGUGAUGGUCAAAUCCAAGCCGCUACGAAGACUACAAAGGCUGCUGUUUCUCAAAUUGGUGAUGGUCAAGUCCAAGCCGCUACCAAGACUACAAAAGCUGCUGUCUCUCAAAUUGGUGAUGGUCAAGUUCAAGCUACCACUAAAGGUGCUGCUUCUCAAAUUUCAGAUGGUCAAGUUCAAGCUACACAAACAGCUGGUGCUAAACAAGAUGGUGAUGGUCAAGUCCAAAACAAAGACGCUUCUGAUCCAGUCGGUGACGUAUCUUGUAAGGCAUCUGGUACUUUAGAAAUGAAUUUGAAAGGAGGUAUCUUAACUGACGGUAAGGGUAGAAUCGGUUCCAUUGUUGCCAACAGACAAUUUCAAUUCGAUGGUCCACCACCACAAGCUGGUGCCAUCUAUGCUGCUGGUUGGUCAUUAACUCCAGAAGGUAACUUAGCCAUUGGUGAUAACGAUAUCUUCUACCAAUGUUUGUCUGGUGACUUUUACAACUUAUAUGAUGAACACAUUGGUUCUCAAUGUCAUCCAGUCCAAUUACAAGCUAUUGAUUUAAUUGAUUGUUAA